AUGGACGUUACAAAGUGGUUAGAAAACUUCAACGAUGUUAACUUUAAGGACAGUGAAAUUGGACGCCUGCUGCGCUAUGAACAAAUUAAGCCACAAUUUUCUAAGGAGAUCGAAAACAGUAAGGGUCGCGGCAUGAAGAAGUUGGAGCUAAUGAUGAUGCCGCUGAUCUUCCACCUGGGGGUGACAUCCACGUGGAUCAUGAUCACAACCAUCAUGACCGCCAAAUCUGUCGCUAUCGGCAUCAUUUUGCUGAUCUUCAAAAUCGCCGGCAGCUCGGCUAAGCUGGCGUCGUACUUCACCGCGUGGAAGGGUCACCACCACCACCAGUGGGGCUGGACCCCGCACCACGACCACCACGACCACCACGACCACCACGACAAUCAUGAAUCCAGCCCGGCCGUGGUCCACCCUCUCAGCGGUCCGUGGGUACCCUCCGACUACAAGAGUCCACGUGACGACAGCAAACUUAUAUCCAUAGACGAUUAA